AUGGCAGCGGUAGUUGCGACUGGUGCGAAUGCGCAGUGUUUGCCCCUUACAGGAGAGGAACACCAAAAACCACAGCACCAGUUGACACACCUCGGUCGAUGGAAGACAUCGCCAAGGGAGCCCGCCACAUACAUCACGGGAUACAUCCGUGCUGUCCGCCAGUUCGCACUCAACGCCCAACGGGGAGACGGCCAGGGGAUGGCCAAGGUGCUCGAAGCGCUGACCAAGAUCAACGCCGACACCGAACGUCUGAACCAGCGAAUUGAUACCAUUGAAAAGACACCAAAGAUUUUAUCAACCAAUGUGUCCACCUCCGCGGCGAAUUCCGCAGUGACGUGGCGCCCAUGGACAGGCGAUGUCGCAGUCUAA